AUGGCAGUGGAAUUUCGCCCUGAUAAUUCAACUAUUAUAACAAGCAAUAGCACUGCAAAGGGGCCGUGGUCAAGUGAGAUGGAGGUGGAUGGCGACUGCGAGGAAACAGUGAUCGGAAUCCAAGAAGAUCAUCGGCGAUGCGCCGACAAAGCAGUGCAAGAUGUGAAAUCAUCACAUCCUCGGCGCCGCCGAUUGCUUUUGUCGACCGAUAGUGCUUUCGCCGACAUUAUUCUUCCUUCCCUCGUUCAGAACCCCUACAUCGAACUGCGACUAAUCACCGACGAACCCUCCGCUUUGCUCACGGGCACGAACAAAAUCCCGCAUUACAUGGAUACAGUCGACAGCCAAACCUUCGAUAAGAAAACCGGCGCGCGAAAAUGGCUCAAGGCGAAGACAGUGGAGCUGUGUGAAUGGGCGGACAUGCUGUUGGUAGCGCCUAUCGAUGCGGGGGCUUUGGGGGCGAUGUUAGCUGGCUUGACGAAUACAUUGACGUUGGCACUCCUUCGCGGCUGGGUCUCGAAAAAACCUGUAGUCCUCAUUCCAGGAAUGACUGUGUCGGAAUGGGAUCAUCCCCUCAGUACCCGGCAACUUGAUGAGAUCAGCCGUUAUUGGCCGUGGAUUCGCAUUGUCAAGCCCGUGCUCUGGAAGUCAAAUGGGCCCGAAGAACUGACCAUACUACCGUGGGACGGCCUCAAGGAAUUACAUACAACAUUGGAGAAGACAUUAAUAGUGCCGCCAUGGGAAACGACCUUGUCGACCAGGGCGAACCCCCAUGGCACCGCGGUCCCGUCUAAGACUGCAUCGAAAUCCAUUUACCCAUCAUCGACAUCUGGAAAUGCCAGUGGGUCCACACCGCAAACGAAACAAGGGAAUGCAGAUUAUUUACCACUUGAAAUAUGGCUGAACGUCUUCGAGGAUCAACUGGGAGACUGGGAAACAGCGAAAGCCGUCGAAAACCACCUGGAUCUCCUCUGGACAACCUCUCGACUCACAAACAUUCCAUACCGGGCAUCUGCAAUCUACGGCAACCCGAACGUUCUGACAUGGUGGCGCGAUGCGCCAGCUCUGCCGAACAAAGAAUACAUGGCGGACGCCAUGGACGGCGCCUCUCGAGCCGGGCUCAUCGAUGUACUAGAUUGGUGGCUCCACUCGGGCCUCCCACUACGAUACAGCGAGCGAGCCCUCGAAGCCGCUAGCGCCGAAGGCCGAGUCGCCGUGCUAGAGUGGUGGAAAACCGCCUCCGAGAAUGCCCCACUACACAAACCUCUACCCCUCAAAGUCGGCAAGUCUGUUCUGCUAGCCGCCCAAUCGGGCCGCACCGCAUCCCUCGCUUGGUGGGAUGCAUCGGGGAUCCCUUACAGUCAUGCCGAGAACGUGGCUCGGAUCGCUAGCACACAUGGUCAUGUGCACGUCCUUGAAUUCUGGUAUAAACUUAAAGGACCGAAGAUGAUCUUCGAUAACCAGGUCCUAGUGGGCCCCACGAAAAAUGGCCACGACCAUGUCCUACAGUGGUGGAAAUCCUGCGGUAUGCGCGUCGAGUUCAAAACCUGUGACAUCGAAGAAGCGCUUGAGGAUGCGGAUCCCUCAUCAGGCGCCGAAGGCCGCGUUCGGCGGUGGUGGCAGCGGAAUGGGCUUAACCUUGGUGUCGGCACCAGUGAAUGGAUGAGAUCGAAGGUUCUUUGA